UCCAUUACAUGCUUCAAGUUUGCUAAUUCUAUCUAGUUUCACUGACAGUUAAGCUUGUUAUGGAUGAAAAGGCGAAGAGGUCAAAGGGGUAUGCUUUUAUUCAGUACACUAGUCAAGACGAUGCCCUGCUAGCUCUAGAAAGCAUGGAUCACAAGUAUUUUGAUGGCAGGGUGAUCUUUGUGAAACUUGCAAAGCCAGGGCACAAUGCGUUUGGUGUAUACUCAAAAACCACCGGACCACCACAAGAGCAGAACAUUGCAAAUCAAGAUGAGGCAAUGGAGGGAGCAGGAGUAUCACUUUUCAGAUUUCUGUUUGGCUUGCAAAGUCUGCAACAGGUUAGGCUUAGCCUAGUGUUUGUGCAUCGUUGAUUCAAUCUUAUAUGA